GAGUGGUGCGGAGGGGCGCGGGGGUUUGUGGUGUUACCUCCCUCUUUUUCUCCCUCCUUCCUUUUCCUCCUCCUCCUCCUCCCUCGCUGGAUGCGCGCAGCCCGGUGCCGGGAGCGCAGCGCAGCGCUGGCUGCAGCGCUGGGAGCUACCGGAGCGCGGUACCCCACGGCCCGGCGUGGCCAGUAUGGAGCCCCCUGUCCUGGGCGUCGUGGUGCCGCUGCUCGGCUGGCUCCUCUCCCCGGUGUCCAGCACACGUCCAGAGUGCAGCAUCAUGCAGGAGAUUGAAGAGGAGCGCAGCCAGUGCUUGGCAGAGCUGACUGGGGAUAACCAGACUUCAGGUUGCAGGAGGCAAUGGGACAACAUCACAUGCUGGCCUGAAGCGGAGGUGGGAGAAGUUGUAGUACGGCCUUGCCCAAAGUACUUCAGAUUCCUCACAACUUUUCUUGGAAAUGUGACCAGGAAUUGUACAAGCCAGGGCUGGACGGAUGUGUACCCUGCGCCAUAUGCUGUAGCUUGUGGAUAUGAUUCCAACAGCACUCCAGGGGAAGAGCAAACGGCAUUCUAUGGCACUGUCAAGACUGGCUACACCAUUGGACAUACCUUAUCUCUCAUUGCUCUCACAGCUGCUAUGAUCAUUUUAUGUCUCUUCAGAAAGCUACACUGUACGCGAAAUUAUAUUCAUAUGCACCUCUUCAUGUCCUUUAUAAUGAGAGCCAUCGCAGUCUUCAUAAAAGAUGUCAUCCUGUUUGAAAGUGGAGAAUCUGAACACUGCUUUGUGAGUUCAGUAGGCUGCAAAGCCAUGAUGGUUUUCUUCCAGUACUGCGUCAUGGCCAACUUCUUCUGGCUUCUGGUGGAGGGGCUGUAUCUUCACACCCUGUUGGUCAUCUCCUUCUUUUCAGAGAGGAAGUACUUUUGGUGGUACAUCUUGAUUGGCUGGGGUGCCCCCUCUGUGUUCAUCACUGCUUGGACAAUUGUCAGGAUUUACUUUUUCGAUGUUGGGUGCUGGGAGGAAAUAGUGGAAUCCCCAUUCUGGUGGAUCAUUAAAACUCCUAUUUUGGUGUCUAUUUUGGUGAACUUCAUUCUCUUCAUUUGCAUCAUCCGUAUCCUAGUCCAAAAGCUGCAUUCCCCAGAUGUUGGACACAAUGAGACCAGCCAAUACUCGAGGCUGGCCAAGUCCACCUUGCUGCUGAUCCCUCUCUUUGGCAUUCACUACAUCAUGUUUGCUUUCUUCCCUGACAAUUUCAAAGCAGAAGUUAAGCUGGUGUUUGAGCUCGUGGUUGGGUCAUUCCAGGGAUUUGUGGUGGCUGUUCUGUACUGUUUUCUCAACGGGGAGGUCCAAGCUGAGCUCAAGCGAAAGUGGCGGAGGUGGCAUCUGGAGCGGUUCCUGGGUUCAGACAUGAAGUAUCACCACCCUUCCCUAGGCAGCAAUGGUACCAACUUCAGCACCCAGAUCUCCAUGCUAACCAAGUGCUCACCAAAGACACGCCGGUGCUCUGGCUUCCAGGCCGAAUUCUCUCUGGUGUGAUGGGGAGAGCCUCUCCAAGAACUGAGCAUCCAAGUGACAAACUGAAAGACAGAAGAAUCCCCCAGGAAUCAGUGAUACAAUGACAAAUCCUUGUGAAUUGACAUGCUCCGCAUGAGCCAACAGAGGACACAAAGCUGGAAGAGCCACUGGCAUCCAGAACAUGAUCAGACAAGCCAAGAGGGAGAGAGAUACUUUUCCUCUCUCUCUUUUCAGACCUUUCACUCUUUAAGUUUCAAGCCCUCAGGGGUUGAUAACUACAAGUAAAGGUCCCAGUCACUUGAGGAGA